AUGAGCAGCCGCAUUCCCGCCAAAUCCACUCACCCACCUCACAUCCCCGAGCGUGCUGUUUUAGGAAACGUCACGAGAACGCUCUUAAGCCGCCUUUCGUCGAUUUUUUUAAGGCAGAAACAAGCAACAGCGUGUGGUUACCAGCAUGGAGAGGAAGCAGCAGGUGCUGGGCAGACAGGUUGGAAGGCCGCGGAGGAGCCGGGAAAUGAGGUGCAGAACGACGCCAUCGUCGCACCACCGCAGGAGCAGGCAGAGCACACUGAGCGCGCCCUGCAGCUGUUUGACAUGGACAUGGCGUUCGGCCCCUGCACUGGCCUCUCCCGCCUGGAGCGCUGGCAGCGCGCCAACCGGUUGGGGCUCAACCCUCCGCCGCACGUGCGAGCGCUGCUGGAAUCUGCCUCGUGUCGUGAAGACAGUGUCUGGGAGGGCAGGGUGUGA